GGCCAUGGCCGCUUGCCGCUGGCGCUCCGCGGCGCUCCAAUCUCCUGGAGCUGGACAUGGAUCGGAGGUUCCGCCGGAAGAGCUCCUGGCAAGGAUUCAAGAUUUUAUCAAGGAGCUUCUUUCUCAUAUCAAGGAUCGAUCGAUGCUGGUGAUCAGUCUGGAUAAAUUUCGGAUGCGCAGGCUUCACUCUUCCGAGGACACGAAUCUCGGGAUAUUUGAGAGGUGUGAGGCGCAAGAAAAGCUCUCACUCCAAACAAGUGGUCGUAGAAUCCUCGCUAUGCUCAGGGUCCUUCAAAUUGUCCAGUCGCUACUCCAGCAGGGAAAGCAUGCAUCGAAACGAGACCUCUACUACACCGAUCCUGGUCUAUUCAAAGAUCAAGCAACCGUGAACCAAGCUUUGAUUGACAUUUCCGUCAGGCUCAAGUGUACUAGAUCUUCUCUUCACGUAGUUUCUGUCGGCAAAGGUUUAAUCAUGGGAUCGCUGCGAUUCAAGGAUGCUGACAGGACAAUUGACUGCUCGGUUUGCAAGUCUCGCGGCUAUCCCAUUCCCACAGAUGCGAAGAUGGUAACGGACAUCAGCAGUUGUGCAGAAUACAUUAUCGUAGUCGAAAAGGAAACCGUCUUUCAGCGACUGGCAAAUGAUGGAUUUUGCAGGAAGAACAACUGUAUAGUACUAACUGGGAGAGGGUACCCCGACGUGGCUACGAGGAGGUAAGAAGAUUGUUUUUGACACUGCGUUGAAAUCUUGGAUUCUUCGUCAAGGCAAUAGCUCCUUGAUUGUUGCAAUGCAGAACCGUUGCCUCCCCUCGCUCGUAUCUUAGACCGUUCAGCAGAGUCCGCCGUUGUCAAAGCAUUGUGAUGAGACCACCAGGAUAAGCUGGCAGCCAGGGCUAUGGAUGACUCCGUGUACGAGAGAAAUAAAGGAUGGUGGAGCAAGCUGAGAGCUUGGACAACAAUCUCAGAUCCACGCAACAACUACUCCACCUGGAUGAACAUGGUAUUGAUACAAUG